AUUAUUAUCCUUUAAAUUGGCAUAGAAACUCGAAAGGAGAGCGUGCAUCAUCAAAGCAGAUUGGUGUCGUUGCUAAGUCUCUUCGUUUCGCUGCUUCAAAAUUUCUAAGCUUGCGUGCAGAAAACACACCAAUCAAACCAAACGCUGCUGUUACUGCUGCCACGACGUCGUUUUCUGUAUUCCAUCUGACUAAAUGGGAUUCUUCAAAAAGGUAGCUGGAUUGUUAGGGUUUUCGAGGGACGAACCCCAUGACCACGAUCCCAGGCACGAUGCCGACGCCGAACCCGAUGCUCAACCUCGUGCUGCACCGUUUCGCGUCCAGGAAACUGGGCUUCCGAGAAGGGGCUUUAGCGUUCCCGCCCAAGUCGUCGUCGAUCGCCCCCAACCUGGUCCCGUUAUCACGCCUUGUACCUCCGGCAACGGCGGAGUUCAGGGUCUAAAGUGGUAUGCAAAGCGUCUUAGGAUAGAUGAAGAUGGAGAUGUAGCAGACGAAUUCAUUGAGGAGAUUUCUUUAGAGUCAUCAGCAGCUGCAGUAGAUCAUUAUCAAAUGGAGCCAAGGUUUAAGCUGAAGUACAAUACUAAACCGGUCAAAGUGAGAAAACAGAUCAUGUCAGAUGAGAGGAAACUUCAGCAUUGUGUGGAACACCAGGGCAGAUUGUUGUUGGUAUAAAAUAUCCUUACAUGAAACCGGUCUAGAAAUUGAUUAUUUGGACUUUCUGUACGGUGGGGGAAGUUGCACAAGAAAGGGUCUAAAAACUAGUGUUUUAAAUGAGCUUUACUUGAUGGUUCCUUUAUGCUCUUUGGAUAUAUCUUAAGUUAUGAAUAUGCCUGGGAAAUGCUUGUGGGGAUUCAAUGUAAAAUUUAAGAAAGUCCGAGCGAGUCACCCUACAAAUUAAGCUUCUGAAUCUUCUCUCUAGUAAUAAUACACAGCUUUUGUGUCAAGUUUCUGCAUUUUUUGGUACAAACAUUGAAUAAUGUAAUGUAGAAGGGUAUUUGAUUGAGCAGGACCAUGUUGGAGGAGAGUUAUGGAGCUCUUAACUUCCAAGCUCCAAGUAGUAGACCUUUUUGGUUUUUUCCAAUGAAGCUCCUUGCGAGAAAUGGCAGUGUCCUGUAAUUAUUGAAAUGUUGCACGUUUGAUUCUGCUAACCAAAAAGCCGAUCUGUUCUUUGUCUCUUUC